AUGGGUGGAGAGCACCCUCUGUCUGAGCUGAAGCACUUGUCAGACUCUGGCUAUAAGAAAUGUUCUACAAAGAAAAAAAAAGUGGAGUCAUCUCGGAAAGGGCGCACAGGAGUGAAGCUUAGGUGCAAAGACUGUGGCAAAACAUUUAUUGGAAAAUACGCUUUAACCACACAUAUGGGAAUCCAUUCAGGAGAGAAGUCGUUCUGUUGUGAUCUAUGUGGACAAAGAUUUGGCCGAAAAUCAAAUUUAAAAACACACAUGAGAAUCCAUACAGGACAGAAGCCUUUCUGUUGUGAUCUAUGUGGACAAAGAUUUAGCUUAAAAGAAACUUUAAUCAGACACAUGAGAAUCCAUACAGGAGAGAAGCCUUUCUGUUGUGAUCUAUGUGGAAAAAGAUUUAGCCAAAAAUCUAAUUUAAAGAUACACACAACAAUCCAUACCGGAGAGAAGCCUUUCUGUUGUGAUCUAUGUGGACAAAGAUUUAGCCAAAAAGCAGAUUUAAACAAACACAUGAGAAUCCAUACAGGAGAGAAGCCUUUCUCUUGUGAUCUAUGUGGAAGAGGAUUUACUGAGAGAGGACAUUUUAAUACACACAUGAGAAUCCAUACAGGAGAGAAGCCUUUCUGUUGUGAUGUAUGUGGAAAAAGAUUUAGCGUAAAAGCAGAUUUAAACAAACACAAGCGAAUCCAUACAGGAGAGAAGCCUUUCUGUUGUGACUUAUGUGAACAAAGAUUUAGCCGAAAAUCAGAUUUAAACACACACAUGAGAAUCCAUACAGGACAAAAGCCUUUCUGUUGUGAUCUAUGUGGACAAAGAUUUAGCCGAAAAUCAACUUUAAACACACACAUGAGAAUCCACACAGGACAGAAGCCUUUCUGUUGUGAUCUUUGUGGACAAAGAUUUAGCCAAAAAUCACAAUUAAGCAGACACAUGAGAAUCCACACAGGACAAAAGCCUUUCUGUUGUGAUCUAUGUGGACAAAGAUUUAGUCAAAAAGUACAUUUAAGCACACACAAGAAAAUCCACACAGGACAGAAGCCUUUCUGUUGUGAUCUAUGUGGACAAAAAUUUAGCCAAAAAUCAUGUUUAAACAGACACACAAGAAUCCAUACAGGACAGAAGCCUUUCUUUUGUGAUACAUGUGGACAAAGAUUUACUGAAAGAAGAUAUUUAAGCAGACACAUGAGAAUCCAUACAGGGCAGAAGCCUUUCUGUUGUGACCUAUGUGGGCAAAGAUUUAGUCGUAAAGAAACUUUAAACACACACAUGAGAAUCCAUACUGGACAGAAGCCUUUCUGUUGUGAUCUAUGUGGAACAAGGUUUAGCCUUAAAUCAAGUUUAAACAGACAUAUGAGGAUCCAUACAGGAGGCAAAAUGACUCUUGUAUGAAUACUUACUCAAACUGCAUAGCUGUAGUUUGCUGUGAGAUGUUUGUUGUUAUUAAAGGCAACAGUCUUCACUUGCUAGUUUCAGCAUUUCUCUAGUAGCUAAUUUUUAGUUUGGUCUUAAAAUAUUACAAGUUAUUUUUUAUUUGUUUAAUUUAUAGACUGAGCUACAGCGAACUUCAGACAUUUGUAGUAGCUAAUAUUUGGAUUUGUCUUAAAGCAGUUUUUCUCAUUGUGUUUAAUUUGGUCAGACUCUGAUGACUGCUAGCACAGGUGAGCAUCAGUCUAUGCGUACCGCUUUAACCACUAGGCCCACCCUCCUAGGUAGUGAGAUUUCUUUAAGGUCUGAUGUUUUUCCCUCCUUAGGAAUGGUGUUUUUUUCUGAUUGUGAUUGCUUUUAGUUAACCUGUGGGUCCCCUACAGCGCACAUUAGAAUUUAGGUCAGCGAAACAUGGACGUUUUUCCUUGAUAAGUUAAUGAUGUGAUCCACUUCCAGACUGUCUAUAUCAUUUGCUACUGGUUAAGAUAAGUGUUAUGCAAUAAAAUGGCCUAUUAGACUACGGCUCCCAGCUUGCAACACGGCUUGAGUCUGACUCCGGCGUACAUUUGACCACACCUCCGAGGUGAUAAAACCAAACAAAGGAACGGCUCUUUCCGCAAUUUUCUCUGUAACGGAGAGAACCUAUCAUCAGCUGACAUCCCUCACACUGGAACACGUGGUGGGACCGGUGGUCGAUAUUUUGUCCGGACAAAAGCCACUCAUCACUGUACCUUUUGUUGUGGGUGUGGAUGGAAUUCUAAACAAUAAUAACUGAAUUCUAAUCAUUACUGAAUAAGGAGACGGCGGUGAUGAAGUUCCAGCACUUUUAUUGAGAAACAGAGCAGAGAUCACAUAGAUGGAAAGUAAUCGCACCCCACGGUCCCGCUACGGUCUGCGUCUGCCCUGUCUCGCUUUCGGCUCUAUCUAAUACUACACAGUGGCCUUGGCAUGAGACAAAAUAAAGACAGUCUAUCCUGGACAAUAAUCAUCCCCCACAGUAUCUACGCAGCAUUUGGCCUUGCAAUCAGCGGGCCCAUGCUCAUAUGUCCGAGUGGCGUGAGGCCAAAGUGACUUCAGAAUAAUUCUACAUUAACAGUGGGUGUGACAAAGAAGUUCUGGGACUAAUUAGGUUGAGGCGAACAACCUUCGAGAAGGUAUGAAGACGUUUUUCCCCUUUCAGUCGGUAGACGAGGCUAGAUCUUUCCUGUUUUAACAAAGCAGAUCACAAAGACAGCUUCUGAACGCACCCCACGGCCAUGAAGUUGGCGAAACAUGAUGACCAGUCACGUUACAACCCAACCAAAUUUCUUCCUCCACAGAAGCAACACCAGGAAAGAACCCCUUUCAUUUCUUACAUAGAAAUCAAUUCUUACCUGUGCAGAAUCUUUAUCUAGUAUCUUUAUCUUUUAAUGCCUAUGUUUUUCUCCAGAAGGACUCUUUGAACUUUGAACACUUUAUGACUGAAUUCAAGUGAUAAGCUGUUAUUGUGUUUAUUUUUAUUUGGUUGCUGUGAAACUAACGCACUAUUGGUUGGAUUUUAGCUUGUGUUAUAUAAAUGCUGUUUAUAUAAUUUGUGUUAAGGUUUUAUUACCAUUCUUAUAUUUUACUUACCUGUUACCAUUUUAUGUAAUGUAGUUAACAUAUGUUUAUAUUAAGUUACUAGAAGUGUGAAAGAUGUGUGUCAGCAGUUCUCAUAUUGAAGGGGAUUGUAAUUGGAAAUCUUCCUUCCACACUGACAAUGUAACCGCAUCCUGCUUACAUAAAAUAUAGAGGUGUGCAAAGGCAUUCUCUUUCAGAGAUGGGUUGGGAGACACUUCAGUGAUUGGCCAUAUCUCUUCUUUUGCAAAAGCCUUCUGAAACUUAAAACUGUGCCUGUUUGGUCUUUCUUUGGUUAGGAGAUUAAAAUUAACAUGAAUUUGCUACUGUCUUGAUGUUUGAACUUUAUUCAGUGUUCAUUUGUUAAUUAGGUGUGGCGUAUUUAAGUUAGAAAAUCACCUAAAGGUUUCUACAUCCAAGUUUCCUAAUUUUGCUGUUUGUUAUUGUUUUUAUUUUCCUUUUAUGUUGUUUUGAUUCAGUAGUGUGUUCAAGUAGUAUUAGUAUUAAACCAAAUACUGUAAUUGUUGCUUUAAAUUCUUUUUACUAUUUUAA